UUGCUUGCCACGGCGAAAGUUGUCUUCUUACAAUACUAAACUCUGGAUGGAAACAUCUAAGAAUUCCCCAAAAGCUCAUACCGUAAAAAAGGGUAGUCGAAAAUUUCCCAGAAAGAAUAGAAAUUCAUCGACUCAAUUGGCAUCUUCUAAACAAAAUGGUCCGGAUACCGAGCAUACCAACACAACUUCUGCUGCUGCAGACAAUGUUGGUUUAGAGAAAGGAUCAUCAACAGUCUCUUUGUCAGCCGAUGCUCCUAGUUUCGUCCCAGGCGUGGGUUUGGUAAAGGAACCUGCAUCUGAAAACCCAUCCAUCGAGACAAAUGGGCCGCCGUCGAAUGUAGAAAGAGCGGAACCAAAUAAAAACAAGAACAGAAAUAGAAAUAGAAAUAGAAAAAAGCAGACUAAUAACAAAAGUCAAGAAAAGGCUUCUUUACCAAAGAAGGUUGACAGUGAUUCUGCUAAACGAUCCGGCGAUAUUGCGUCUUCCAAAAAGAAUUCAAGAGAUCGUGAGAAAAACCUCAAUAAUGCGAACAGUGAAAAGCAAAAUGAGGUAGAAAAACCUAAAGAAGAAUUGAAGGCUUCUAAAGGAAAAAAGAGAGAAGGACCUAGAAAGCCAAAGGAGAGCAUUGAUCUUUCUAAACUUGAUAUGACUUCGAGAAUGAUUUUUGAGAUAAAAAAAAUGCUGUACGAAUGUAGCGUUUGUACUGACAUUGUGAGACCAAGUACCCCUGUUUGGAGCUGCUCGACAUGUUUCCAUGCAUUUCAUUUAAAAUGUACUAGGAAAUGGAUGAAAAAUUCUAUUGAGCAAAGGAAUGAGUCGGUCUGGCGUUGUCCUUCUUGUCAAACCCCACAAACAGAAACAUCUUUGCAAUACACGUGUUGGUGUGGUAAGCAAGAUGAACCUGAGUCUAUCAAAGGUUUGACACCUCAUUCUUGUGGCGAGCCUUGCGGUAGAACUCGAGGUCAGGAUUGUGUGCAUCCAUGCCCAUUACUUUGUCAUCCUGGACCUUGCCCGCCUUGCACGGCCACUGUGGAACAGUUUUGUCUCUGCGGUAAGGAAAGCAAGAUUACUCGUUGUUCUGGAAAGUCUAGAGCUCCUCAAGAAUCUUUCAGAUGCGACAAUAUUUGUGGUGAAGCCUUACCAUGUGGUAAGCAUACAUGUAAGCAGCGUUGUCAUUCAGGCUUGUGUGGCGCGUGCUAUGAACCUAUACGUGCAAGUUGCUAUUGUGGUGCUCACUCGAAAACAUAUACAUGCUCCAUCUUACCAGACCCCAUUCCUUGUGUAAAUCUCGUGGAUGGUAAUGUCACCGAAUAUGACGGCUAUUAUAGCUGCGGCAGUGAUUGUAAGCAGUAUUUUGAUUGCGGAAUUCAUAGGUGCUCCAAGGUUUGUCAUCCACGAUCAAAGAUUCAUGAACAAUGCCCUUUCUCUCCCAGUAUCGUAACGAAAUGCUUUUGUGGAAAAAAGAGUAUUUCUGACCUACUUAACGGCCGUGAGCGUGAUUCAUGUGAGGCUCCUAUUCCUACUUGUGGAAAUGUUUGUUUGAAACAACUACCUUGCGGUCAUCAAUGUAAACAAAAUUGUCAUGCGGGUCCUUGUGGAUCUUGUCAAGAAAUUGUUACAAUUCCAUGCAGAUGUCGGUUCAAUGUUGUACAAGUUUCUUGCGAUGAACUUCAGAAGGGAUAUAUACCAACUUGUGAACGAUUUUGUAGUGUAUUGCUUAGUUGCGGCCGACAUGAAUGUAACAGAAAGUGUUGUAGUGGUUACCCUAAGGCUCAAGCUCGACUUGCUUUACGUCCAAAAGGUGCUUUGCUGCGUUAUCAUCUACUUUCCGAAGAAUUUGAAGAAGAACAUAUUUGCUUACGUCCUUGCAACAAGCCAUUGGGUUGCGGUAACCAUUUCUGCCAGCAUAUGUGUCAUCGUGGCCCUUGUCCUCGAUGCUUGGAAGCUUCUUUUGAAGAACUUACUUGUACGUGUGGACGUACAAAACUGUAUCCCCCUAUACCUUGCGGUACACCUAUACCUAGCUGUCCCUAUCUUUGUACAUUACCGAAAUUAUGUGGACAUCCCCAGGUAAAGCACAACUGUCAUCCGCCAUCAGAGCCUUGUCCUUUCUGCCCGUAUCUUGUGAAGAAGUACUGUCUUUGCGGCAAACGUCUGAUGGAAAAUCAACCCUGCUCAAAAGAAAAUGUUCGUUGUGGAAUGGUUUGCGGAAAGCUGUUGGGUUGUGGAGUACAUAGAUGUGAGAAAUCAUGCCAUCGCGAAGGAGAAUGCGAGAGCGUUUGCAGGAAACCCUGUGGAGCACGUAGGUUGUAUUGUGAGCAUACUUGUGAACUUCCUUGUCAUUCUGAAAUUCCAUGUGAUCAAAAAGUGACAUGUAAAGCAAUGGUAGACGCUGUAUGUUCAUGUGGAUUGAUUAAAACUCAAGUGACUUGCGGUGCAAGUUAUGAUAAUCCUUCUCCUGAGCAUAAAACUUCCUGUACGGUAGACUGCGCAAGAGAAGAGCGCAAGCGCGUCCUAGCAGAAGCGCUGAAUAUAAAUCCUGACCGAAAAGGCAAAGAAGUUUCACGAUACACAAAGAGUCUAUUGACUUUUUACCGUGACAACAAAGAUUUUGGCAGGGAUAUCGAGUCGGCUCUUUGCGAUACAUGUGAAAACGAUAAGCCUAGUGUCAGUUUUCCUCCGAUGCAACGAGAACAGCGGUGGUUUAUUCAUGCUUUAGCAAAGCUAUAUGGGGCAGAAAGUGAAUCAUUUGAUUUUGAACCUAAACGUAACGUUAUUGUCUAUAAUAAAGGCUUGAUGAAAAACCCAGGUGUGUUUUUGAAAGAGGCAUUGGAUUAUUAUUCCCUACAUCCGACGAUGUCGUUGCAAAGCGACAAUGCCUUCAAUGAUGAGCCAGUUUCAAAUGCAAGCAAACCGGUGAGUGCACAGGAAGAAAUUUCUGAUUCUACUCAUGACGCUGAAUAUAAUGCUCUAUUUAUUACAGAUUUCCGAAAGGAAGGUGAAGUUUCCGAGGAGGAGAUCAGAAAUGCUCUGGCUGAUAUAGGUGAUUUUGAGAGCAUAGAUUGGGUUAUCUUCCAUGUAGAAAAUGGUAUCGUUAUGAAACCAUUGAGCAUUGAAGAUAUUGCUAAUGUAUUACCGCGUCUGAUUUCAUUACGAGCACUAGUAAAUCCAAGGUUGUUGACUGCAAAUAUUGCAGACCGUUGUGAUGUUUGUCAAGUGAAUGAUGAGAAUGUUGUUAGUAAGAUUCGUAUGCCGCGAAUUCGUUCUAAGAAGAAAGCAUUCCUAAAAUUGGCCCCCUCCCAAUCUUUCAGCGCAAGCAAUCCUUUUGCGGCUUUGGAAAGAGACAUUAACUAAGCAUAGUUGGAAGUUGAUAAACUUUGCUAUAUAUUUAUUAAAAGUUCAUCAAAUGAACUGAGAAAUGGCUUUCUUUUUUGAAUAGUGGAAUGUUCAGUGAGCUACUCACUCGGGAAGUUAUGCUUAAUGAAUAGAUUAAUUUUUUGUUGAACAUUAUGUUCUAGAUUUCUAAGAAAAAAAAUAAAAAAGGGAAUAUGCUUCUUUGUUCUAGC